AUGUCUAAAGCAGUAAUUCAAAGCAAUUUAGAUAAUGACACCCUUUCAAAAACACUUGAAAAAGGUGAUUUUGAAGAAUAUCCUGAACGCUUUAUUGAGGAUGGUAUUCAUGAUUUUCCAAAUGAAGAAGAAUCUGUUGAAUUAGAUGUUAAUGUUGUUAAUGAAAUGGAUGAUUCUUCUGGAUCUACAGACGAGGAUGAAGUUGCCAGAGAUAAUGGAGAAGAAGUUGCUUAUAAAUCAAAAAUAAGUAAAAAAAUUAGUUAUAAUUCAGAAGGAGAAAGUAAAGAUGAGUUAUCUAAAGAAGAUAUUAAAAACAUUAAAAAACUAAAGAAAAAGAAAGCAAAGAAAGGAUUUACAGUAGAAGAUAUGAUUGCUAGAAAUUUUCAAGAAUUACUUUGUGAACAGAAAGAGUUUAAAAGAAAUGAAGUUGGUAAUCUUCAAAGAACCAAAAAGACUUGGUAUAAAAUUUUUUCAAAUUCAUUUUCUUUUGGAUUUUCUCUUACAAACUCUCUUAUUGGUGCUGGUAUUCUUUCUUUAAGUCAGACUUGUUACAAAAUGGGUGUUAUAGGUUUUAUUGCAUGGUGUCUUGCUACAAUAGUAUAUUUUGUUAUAACAUGGAAUUAUUUUAAUAGAGCAAUUUAUAUUACAGGUGCAGCAACAAUGGGAGAAUUAUUAUCACUUAUUUUUGGUAAAGUUUUUGCUUGUAUUGUUGAUAUUUGUAAUACUUUAUUCUAUUUUUGUGUUCUAAUGGUUUAUCAAGUUAUUGCUACACAAUAUCUUUUUGGUAUUAUUCAGGACCUUACAAAUAGAGACAAAUGGAAUUAUACUAUGGAUUCAUGUUAUGGAAGUAAAACUGCUGGAGUUUUUUGCAAAUGGCAUUAUAUUAUUCUUUAUUUAGUUGCUGUGUGUUUAAAUUUCCCACUUAUUAUUCCAAAAUCAGUUAAAUUCUUAAAUAGAAUUUCUACAUUAACUGUUGUUGCUGCAGUAAUAACCACUUUUGUAGUUUUAGGAAAAGCAAUUUAUGCAGGAGCUUCUGGUAAAUCAUCAAAUGGUGGUGAUGCAAAUUAUCCAACAUUUAGUGGAAAAUUGUGGCCAACUGGAGCAAUGGAUUUCUUUACUAUGGCACCAUUUAUUACUGCUAACUUCCAAAUUCAUUCUUGUUUACCACCAUUAUAUGUUGGAACUAAAGGGUUAUCUAAAAAGACAAAACUAGUUGCUUUACAAGGAGGUAGUUAUGUUUCUGUUCUAACUUGUUCAAGUUUAUUUAUUCUUAUGGCAGUAAGUGGACAUGUAAGUUUUGAUAAAGUCUCUUCUAAUGUAUUAAAUGAUUUUUCAAAUCCAGAUAGUUCAGAUGUAGAUUGGUUAAUUAUUGUCUGUCGUAUGUUAAUGAUCAUUGUUGUAGUUAUUUCAUAUCCAGCAUUAAUGUUCCCAACCUGUGCAGGUAUUCUUAGAUAUAUUCCAAAGAAAUGGAAGCUAGUACAGUUAUGGAAUGGUAGAGUUAUUAUUUUAAUGAUCAGAACUACUAUUCUUAUAUUAACAACAUUUUGUGCAACAUUUAUAAUAGACAUUGGAGUAGUAUUCUCAGUAGCAUCAGCUAUUUUUUCAAUAUUUGUAGUUUAUGUUGGACCAAUGUGUAUAAUGAUGUUAUGGCCUAGAAUUGAAAAAUUUGGUGAUCCUAAUUUCAGAAAAUUAUCAAUAAUAGAUAAUAUUAUUUAUAAUAAAGUUGUUGACGGAAAUCAAAGAUUUACUCAAAAUGAUAUUGAAACUGCAUUAGGAAAAGAAGAGGCAGAAAAGAAUGAAGGUGUUGCUGAUGUUGUUGUUACAAUUGAUACAAAUACUAAUGGACAACAAGAAAUUGAAUUAAAUGAAAUUAAAGAACAAAAAGAAACAAAUAUUGAAAACUCUAAAGAAGAUUCAUCUACUGUCAUAACAUAUGAUAAUGAUGCUGAAAUUAUGAAAAAUAAAAAUAAAUGGAUAAAACUUCCAGAUGCAUAUAUCCCAAUUUGGAGAUAUGUUGUAUAUGGAAUUGCUAUGUUGAUUUGCAUUGGGUUGUGUAUUUUGUCCGUUGUUGGAACAUUGAUAGAACAAUUCACUGAUUGA